ACACAGAACCGUAUGAAGCUGAUGGCUGACAACUAUGAGGAUGAUCACCUCAAAUCCUCAUCCCAUUCCAACCAAACCAACCACAAGCCCUCCCCAGACCAGGAUGAGGAGGAGGGUAUUUGGGCAUAACCAGUCAGAUGCUCUUAGCUCAGCCAUUUUGUUCAGAACGAUAAUUCAACCCCUCUUAGAACUUGAUCAGAAUCGCAGCAAGUUGAAGCUGUACAUUGGACAUCUGACAGCCCUCUGCCAUGACCGUGACCCCUUGAUUCUGCGUGGACUCACCCCACCUGCUUCCUACCAUUUGGAUGAUGACCGGGCAGCUUGGGAGAAAGAGCUGCAGAAGAUGACCCAGGAGCAGCUUCGUGACGAGUUAGAAAAGGGCGAGAAGGAAAGCGCGGAGCUGCAAGAGUUUGCCAACGCCAUUUUACAGCAGAUAGCAGAUCACUGCCCUGACAUCCUGGAGCAAGUCGUCAAUGCACUCGAGGAGUCGUCAUGACCUCGGCCGCUAGCCCCGCUGGAGCAGCACGCCAACGGCCGAGCCCAGUCAGUCCAAGGAGCCAUGAGAGUGGAGAGGAAUGUGAAAGACAGAAAAUGGAACAGAAACUUCUGGUGCACUUUUUGCAAGGAAAACAAAAACAAACAAAAACAAACACCUCUAAAAACUACACGCUCUCUAGGUUCUUCCAGUCUAUGAUUAAUCAAUCAUGCUUAUGUUCAUCUUCUCACUGCCUUUCUACUUUAGCACCCAAUUCCCCCGCUGACUUGUUGAUGGUAUUGGACUUUUGGAUACAGCUAAGCAGAGCUCUUCUGAGUUUCCUGAUCAAAGAGGGGAUCCACUGAAUACAAGAAGUUCUAGUUCUUCAUGAGGUUGCAGAUGGGUAGCCGUUGCCUUUCAUUCAUCUAUUGCU